ACAGACGGCUUCGAGAUUCUGAGCACAUCAGAUCGAUUUAAUAAAACUCGUGAAUAAAUCUCUAAUUGGUUCUUUGUUCAAUUAAUUGUUAUUAUGGAGAUGGCAUUAAAAGGUUCAAAAGAUUAUCAAAGGUCGGAGAAUGAUCACAAUUAUUCAUUGGAAAAAUAUAUUUCGCUUGGACAUGUCCACGGCUUGAAAUAUUUGGGAAGAAAAGGAAAAUUUGAAAGAUACUUUUGGAUAUCAGUUUUACUUGCUAUGCUAGCAUUUACUGUCUAUGUAGUAUUCAGUGCAAUUACUACAACACCAGUUCAUUUAACUCCAAGGCCUUUGAACACGUUACCAUUUCCGGCAAUAACAAUUUGUCCCGAAACUAAAGCCCAAAAGAAGUUUGCUGACUUCACAAAAGCAUAUCGCAUUAUUACCAACGAUAAGUCAAAUGAAACACUUUCUGAUGAAGAAAUGCCACGAAUCGAAGCUCUGUCACAAAUUUGCGAUCCGCAUAUGCUUGAAGACAAGAAACUUAAUGAACAACCAACACCUGGAAAAGAAUUUUUGGAAAUCUUACGUGAAAUUUCUUAUCCAAAUUUCAUUUUAUUUUGUAAAUAUCGAGGAAUAGUUCAAGGAUGUAAUGAAUUAUUUAAAGAAAUUGUGACUGAUGAUGGAAUUUGUUACACAUUUAAUAUGCUUGAUCUUAUCAAGAGUGACAACAACACAAAAGCUUCAUGGAGUGUCACAAAUGGUUAUGAAAAUGAAAAUUUUGUAACAUAUCCAAGGAGAGCUUUUUCGGGUUCUGACAAUGGAAUGAAUGUCGUUAUUGACAUUCCUAAAACAGAAACUGAUUAUUUAUGUCGAGGUCCUGUGCAAGGAUAUAAAUUAAAAAUUCAUUCAGCAGAUGAGUUUCCUGUGUUUGGAUAUGGAUAUCAACGUAUCCCUCCGCAAAAAGAAGUUCUUGUCAGUGUUACACCUGAAAUCACCUCACUCAAGGAAAAUUGUAUCGACACAAAUGAAAAACCUUUAAAACAUUUUACUGAGUACACUUAUAAGAAUUGUAUGACGGAAUGUUUAUCUUCAUUUGUCUUAUCUAAAUGUGGAUGCGUAAAAUUUUCUAUGGUUCAUGAGAAUGAUACAGAAAUUUGCAAUCAACAUCAAACUAGCUGCGUUUCUGAUGCAUUUCUAUCAUUUUAUACAUCAAACAAAUUUAAAAAUGAAUUUUUUUGCGAUUGCAAACCGUCUUGUAAAAGUUUAAAGUUCAAAACAAGUGUUUCUCAAAGUGAUUACAAUCAUAAUCGCGUUUUCGAAGCUUACGGUGUUGAUGUUAAUGAAGAAUUUCCGAACUCACAGAUGAGCAGAUUGAUAGUUUACUUAGAAGAUGAUUUCUACAUGACAUCAUCCAACCAAAAUUAUCCACAAGAAACUUUUAUUGAUAAAAUUGCAAAGAUUGGAGGGUUGUUAGCUUUCUUCCUUGGCGCUUCUUUGAUUUCCUUUAUUGAAAUAUUUUUCUAUUUAUUCAAAAGAUGUUUCUCUUAAUAAAUCCAAACGAUUUUUUUUCUUCGAUUUUUAUUUUGGCAUCUUUUUAAGUUUGUUUUAAAAAUAAAUAUUUCUAUCAAACUAUGAGCAAACAGCACAGCACGCUUUGGUGUAACGAUAUAAUUGCCGCAUAUCAUGUUAAAUAUAUUAAUUCAUGUAUAAACACUACAAGAGUGUAAAUACCUAUGCAUUUAAAAAAAACUUAAUAAAGAUAAGCUUUGCAGUCUUCACAUGUUGGAAUUUCUUCUACAGAGCAGCCGCUGUUAGAAAAAGGAUUAAA